AUGCACAUGCGGGAGCCACGAGCCUCCCCGCGCGUGACAGAGCGCCCGAGAGCGAGCGCAGCGGCUGCCGGCGAGCGGCGGGCGGCGGGCGGCGGGCGAGCGGGCGGGGCGGCGCUGUCAGCGCACUCGCAGCGAGGCGACCCGGCGGGCGGCGGCACGGCGAAGGCGAAGGCGAAGGCGAAGGCGGCGAGGAUGCAGCCCGCGAGCUGGUGCCUGUGGCCGCUCCUGCUGGCCCUGGGCGUGGGGAGCAGCGGCGGCGGCGGCGGCGGGGACGGUCGGCGGCGCCGCCUCCUCGCGGCUCAAGUCAACAAGCACAAACCCUGGAUUGAAACUUCAUAUCAUGGAGUCAUUACGGAAAACAACGACACAGUCAUUCUGGACCCACCUCUGGUAGCCCUGGAUAAAGACGCACCCAUUCCCUUUGCAGGUAAGAUGACAGCUUGGGCUUGCUAG